AUGAGCUCGCAGCGCUAUUCACGGGUGAACGCCCAUGAUGAAGAGGAAGGGCCACAUUCUUAUCCGCUGAACGCGCGAUCCGACCCCAACUCGUCUCCGCCACCGUCCUUCCGCUCUAGAUCCCGAUCCUCUUCGCCGUCCACGAGGAGGCUAUUGCACAACGAUCCGCUGGAUAAUAAUGAAGAACAAACCUUGGCAGAUGCAUUUGGCGACGAGGACGAUUCCGACGAUGAUAAUGAACCAGAUGACAGGCAACGCCUGAUGCGAGCCGACCUCGAUUCCCGUCCCGUGGACAACGCCCAGAGUGCCAGUUCGUCGUCAUCAGCAUCUAGAAGGGAAUCGCAGGACCAGAGCCGAUCGGGGAUUAUACGGAGGCCCACGAUGUUGCCCAGUUUCUCAACGCCGGGCAGUCGACAAAUUGCCCCAUCUAAUGAUGGAGUCUUUGCCAAUCUUAACGCCAAGCCUGAACGGGGAGAGAAAAGCGAAGAUCUUCCUCCUUCAUAUGAGGAAGCAGCCGCUGAUGCCACACCCCCGUACUGGGAGACUACCAUCGUGGCCCCCGGUAUCUCCUCGGACGAGGUCUAUGUCGACGGACUACCAGUUGGAUCAGUGUUCUCGUUUGUUUGGAACGCUAUGAUCUCGAUGUCCUUCCAGCUGGUCGGUUUCCUAUUAACCUAUCUUCUUCAUACCACACAUGCCGCAAAGAAUGGCAGCCGAGCCGGUCUCGGUCUUACUCUUGUUCAAUAUGGCUUCUACAUGAAGGGUGGCAGUGACGGUUCGGGGUCGGAAGGUGGUUCAGAUCAAUAUGUUCCCCCACCAGACCCGAACAGCCACAGCUUCGAUCCCAACUCCGUCGGUGAGAGCAGCGGCGAUGGUGGAAAUGGCGCCAUCUCUGGCAUCACGACCAGUGAAUGGAUCUCAUAUAUCCUCAUGAUCGUUGGGUGGUUCAUUCUGAUUCGAGCCGUCAGCGAUUUCCUGCGAGCACGGCGUCACGAACAGCUUGUGUUGCAGAGCCCUGAUCGUGGUCUUGGUGUACCAGUGAUCGCGGAAGGCGAACGGUCCGAGACCGUCGUCUAA